CAAGAGGAAGCUCUCCGGAAAUUCUGGAACCAACACCGCAUGGUGUUCCAGAUCAAAUAAAAACUGACCAAAAACAAAACGAGAUGAAGCCCUCGACAGAACAAUCCAGCCUGGCCAAGAAAUUACUCACCCCGGUACCAGAUUACACGUGCGAGGAUCUCACCUCCAGACAUCUCAGUGCCAAUUUCUUAUCUCACCCCGAGUCAAAACCCAGACGAACCUCCCCACCCCUCGCCAAAAUCUCUCGCUCCGACUCGAUCAAUGACGACACGAGCAAACCUCCCCACGGCGAUUUCCUGACCUCCUCCCCUCUCUCCUCCCCUCCUUCGUCACGUGACCCACGACCCCCACACGAACAUUCAGCAUUCAACUACAGACUCAACCCCCACCCGUACCUCAACACAUCUGACCCCCUCUCGCACAUGAACUUCAUCUCCCGGGGCAUGACCCCCCGAGACGCCUUCUCCUUGAACAUCUUCCACAACAACCCCCGGGCAGUCAGGCCGCUCCCAGAGCAGUUCCCCAGAGACGCCCAACCCACACGGCAAUCAAUCCCGUCUCCAAAUAACAACAAUUUUCUCGAAGCUUCCAAAGACACACGGGACUCCAUCAUGGACCACACCUCAACAGCCUCUUCCUCCUCCUUCAGAUUCUCACCCUCCUCACAACCCCACACACAACCCCUCACACAACCCCUCACCAAAAACCUCCAAGAACCCGACCCUCACACCAAAAAAUUAACAACGGCACGGACAUCUUUUCUCAUCUCAGACAUCCUGGGUGAAUCUAAACCACAGGACCCCGCCCCUCCACCCCACACGGAGAACAAUUACCCGGGAUUAAAUUUCGGGGGGACGAAUUCUAACUUUACACCGGUGAGACCCAGCCUGUUCCACCAUCGCUCACCCUUCUCCCCCUUCACGAACCUCCUAGAGGACCGGCGCCUGGGGGCGUCAGCUGACAUGAACCCCGGGGUCAGGAUAGAUGUGGAUGGCUAUGCUGAUGACGACAUGCAAGAUGAUGACGACGAUGAAGACGAUGAUGAUUGUAGAGACCAAGACACAACGAGUGAAAAAAGCUACGAGCAUGACUCCCAACGAGGUGACGGCAGCACAGGGUCCUCCAUGGGCUGCAAGACGAAGAAGCCGAGGAAAGCCCGGACAGCCUUCACUGACCACCAGCUGUCGGUCCUGGAGAAGACGUUUGAGAGACAGAAAUAUCUCAGCGUGCAGGACAGGAUGGAACUGGCGGCCAAACUCAACUUGACCGACACGCAGGUCAAGACAUGGUACCAGAACAGGAGAACCAAAUGGAAGCGUCAGACAGCCGUGGGCCUGGAGCUGCUGGCGGAAGCCGGGAACUACGCAGCCGUACAGCGCAUGCUCCAGACCAACCCGUACUGGGCGUCCUACCACCCCCACGCCGCCGCCCUUCUCUCCAGCAUGGACUCGCUCUACUACAGGCACGGUGUGACGUCACUUCCAAUCACCAGACCGGUGCUGCCACGCAUGCUCCUGCACAACAUGCAGCAGCCGGUGCCUCCCCUACCUCCCCCUCCACAUUAACUCA